AUGCAAGAUCCCCAGCAUUCUCCUGCUGCGGUUCAUUCUUCUUCUUCCUCCGCUGUUGCUUCGUCGUCUACGAGCAAUUCACAAGGCCGACAAGAGGAACGCGGCAUUGGGCCUCCUGCAUUGCAGUCGCCUGAGUCCGACGCACAAUCCCGGCGUCUGCUACUCAACUUUGGAGCAAGCAAUUGGGAUUUCGCCAUUGCGCCUUGGCUUGCCAGGGAUGACGCCUGGCCUUGUGUUGUGAUACUCUUGACAUUUUGGUUAUUCGUUUCCCUGACUAUCAUUCUGGGAGUUUAUGGGCCUAUCCCCAAUUCUUCCGUUCUUCUCCGACCCAGCCCUCUAUUCGUCCAAUAUAUGAAGGUCAAUCACUAG